AUGUUCAACAAAGUCCCAGCUAUUAUUUAUGUGUUAGACUUCACUGUGAUGGUGAAAAAACAGCAUCGGCGCCUAUCAUGUUACAAAAUUAUGAUAGUAUUAGGAUUGUACGACAUGGCUGCUCUAUCACUCAACUCAUUAUUGACUGGAUAUUUUUGCUUUACUGGCGGAAAUUACUGUAACAGCCCCACGUUCAUGUUUGUUGCUGGGGCUCUUGCUCUUGAUAAUAGAAUUUAUGUGGUGCUGUUGCUUCCUGUACUAUACAGCUUGUAUUUUGCCUUCUUCACACCUCCACUCCUUUUCAAUUCCGAUAGGUCGGCGUGGUUUUUCUUUACAUUCGCCCGAAACAAAACAGAUUAUCUAAAUUAUCCUCAUACGGCAAACAACUUAUUCAUUGUUGUGCUUACUUGUCUGCUAUACGUACAGUACUCUCGAGUUCUUCUGCGCUACUACAGAGUAGAAAACGGUCUAACAUGGACACAGAAAUCGUUUUUUCUUCAAUGCUUUUUUAUCUGUGCGGCAUACCUCACAGCUGCACUAAUUUAUGUCUACAUGCAAUUCUUUUAUACGCCUGAGUGCUUCGUUAUUAUCGGUCACGUCUGCUGGCAACUCGGACACGGUAAGCCCUUUCGAGAAUGUUGAUU